AUGCAGGAGCUGGUGGCCGGUGUGGAGAAGAUCAGGUUUGACUUGGAGGCUGAUGUGGAGCAGCAGCGAGGAGCUCGGCCCCUGCCCUUCCCGGGUAUGGACAAGCUGGGGUCGGCUGUCUGCGAGUUCUUCCACCGAGGGCUGUGCACCAAGGGCGUGCGGUGCCCUUUCCGGCACGUCGGCGGGGAGAAGACGGUGGUGUGCAAGCACUGGCUGCGCGGGCUCUGCAAGAAGGGCGAUGGAUGCAACUUUCUGCACGAGUACGACGCGACCAAGAUGCCCGAGUGCUAUUUCUUCUCCAAGUUUGGCGAGUGCAGCAACAAGGACUGUCCCUUCCUGCACGUUGAUGCCACCACCAGCACCAUGGGUUGUCCCUGGUACGACCGUGGUUUCUGCAGGCACGGUCCCCUGUGCAAGUAUAAGCACACGCGGCGGGUGAUGUGUGCCAACUACCUCGUCGGCUUCUGCCCAGAAGGACCCAAGUGCAAAUUCAUGCACCUCAAGGCCGGGCUGAUGACAAGCAGCAUGGAUCCAUCCAAGGGAGCUGGCUGUCCUCAGGGGCUUGUAGAGCUGGAUGUGGCUGCUGGCAAGGAGAGUGGAUGCAAGGAUGUGCCACCCAUGGAGCCCCCCCUACCAGUCACCGGCAGCACCCAGCACCUGUCAGCACAGCUGUGGGACACCAAUACCUGCCCCCGGGGCCCACAGAGCCUGUUUGAACAAGGCACCUGCUUCAAGUGUUUGUUGCAGCUGGAGGUCUCGGGAUGCUGCUCGCAGUGCGGACAGAAAGGUCACUACACCAGUAAGUGUGGGAAGAGGCAGCUGGAAAUCCUGCUGGGGAAGUGA